AGAAACCACCCCUAUCCUCAUAUGCCAGCCUGUCUGACUUUGGAACCCACAUUACUACCGGACUCCGACCGCAGACCAACAGAGGAGGCAAGCUCCAUGGAAAAUCAUGCAGGACUUUGAACCCAUGGAGACAUGGCACAUAGGUUCCUUUCAUCUGCGAACAGAUUCAGCGCCAGAUUCGCCUUCAUAUUCACCGUGUCACUGUCUUGCACCUAUUUAUGCUAUAAUAUCAUUUUUUGUCGCGGCACAAUCAUGACAAAUCAGGGCUACGAGGGGAAACGGUGUCCGCCAGGCAAGAACGCAGGAGGGAAGAAACUUCUUGGAAAAUUGGACCACUGCGCUUUGCUGAAAGCCAGGUCCACACUGGAUGAGUCUGCUGCCCAGCGAGGAGCAAGCGAUCUCCGCGAACAAAGUAAAGCCCCCUCUUCUGACAGUCACUGGACUGACGCGAAGUUGAAAAACAUGAGUGUUGCGCAAAAAUAUGGGAACAAGAAGCUGCCCAACGCGCUAAUAGUCGGUGUAAAGAAAGGAGGAACCAGGGCGGUGUUGGAGUUCAUCCGGAUACAUCCAGAUGUGCGCGCACUUGGAACAGAGCCGCACUUUUUCGACAGAAACUAUGACAGAGGAUUAGAUUGGUACAGGGGACUAAUGCCACGUACACUAGACAGCCAGAUCACAUUAGAGAAGACUCCCAGCUACUUUGUUACCAGAGAGGCUCCCAGACGCAUUUCCAGCAUGUCCCAUGAGACCAAGCUGAUCGUUGUGGUGCGUAACCCAGUCACAAGAGCCAUUUCUGACUACACACAGACGCUUUCCAAGAAGCCUGACAUUCCCACGUUUGAAGAGCUGGCCUUUAAGAACAGAAGCUUAGGUCUUGUUGAUACUUCCUGGAAUGCCAUUCGGAUUGGGAUGUAUAUUGUGCACCUGGAGAACUGGCUGCAAUACUUUCGCUUGUCGCAAAUGCACUUUGUGAGCGGUGAGCGACUGAUAACAGAUCCAGCAGGGGAAAUGGGACGUGUCCAGGACUUUUUGGGACUGAAACGAAUUAUUACGGACAAACACUUCUACUUUAAUCGAACCAAAGGUUUCCCCUGCCUGAAGAAACCAGAGAGCAGCAGCCAGCCACGAUGCCUCGGUAAAUCCAAGGGUAGGACUCAUGUACAGAUUGAGGAGGAGGUCAUAGAACAGCUGCAGGAGUUUUAUAGACCAUUUAACAUCAAAUUCUAUGAAACUGUAGGACAAGACUUCAAGUGGGAUUGAAUAUACCUUAUUGAGAGAGUGUUGUUUAUUAAAUGUCUGUACCA